AUGGCACUCAUAGAGAAGUCCUUGUUCUAUUCUCAACUAACAUUCUUUUUGCUUCAAUAUGUUGUGACUAGUUCAGCCAUCAAGAUUGAAACCAACAUUACAACUGAUCAGUUAUCUCUUCUUUCCCUGAAAUCUCAGAUCAUUUCUGACCCUUUUUUGCUCUUGACCAAAAGCUGGUCUCAGGACACUUCUGUUUGCAAUUGGAUUGGAGUCACUUGUGGCUCUAGGCACCAUAGAGUGACUUCCUUGAACAUCUCCAGCAUGGGUCUAACAGGAACCAUUCCGCGAUAUUUUGGGAACCUCACAUUUCUUGUUUCUGUUGACUUGACAAGCAACAAUUUCUAUGGGAAUCUGCCUCAAGAAAUCGCUCAUUUGCAUCGACUAAAGUUUGUGAGAUUGAGUUAUAACAACUUUAGUGGUGAAGUUCCUUCUUGGUUUGGUUUCUUAGCUCAACUUCAAGUUCUUAGUCUUAGGAAUAAUAGUUUUACCGGUUUAGUCCCUUCUUCACUUUCUAACAUUUCCAAUCUUGCAACUUUGGAUUUGGCCUUCAAUGCUUUAGAGGGACAGAUCCCAAAAGACAUUGGAAAUCUUAAAAAUUUGAGGGGUUUAAACCUGGGAAGAAACAACCUUACAGGUUCUGUUCCUCCAUCCUUCUCAAAUGCCACAAAGCUGGAAACUUUGUUUCUUUCUAACAAUUUCCUUCAUGGAAACAUCCCAAAUGGGAUCGGUGAUCUUCACAGCCUGAACUGGUUGACUGUAGAAACUAAUCAGCUUACAGGUUCUAUACCGUUCUCAAUUUUCAAUAUUUCCACCCUUGAGACUAUUGGAUUUUCCAAAAAUGGUUUAUCUGGUAAUCUCCCUACUGAUUUAUGUGAUCAUCUUCCUAUUCUCAAAGGGUUUUAUCUUUCUUUUAAUAAGUUGCAAGGUCAUAUGCCACAAAGCUUGUCAAGAUGUUACGAACUUCAGCUGUUGUCUCUGUCGAAUAAUGAAUUUGAUGGACCGAUACAUAGUGAACUUGGGAUGUUAAGUAACUUGCAGGCCUUAUAUCUUGGAUUUAACCAUUUCAAAGGGGAAAAACCACAGGAAAUUGGGAAUCUUGUUAAUCUGCUGAUGAUAGGCAUGGAGAAUAACCAGCUUACAGGGUCCCAAGUCGAUAUUCAAUAUUUCCUCACUACACUUCUGUCGCUGCAGAAAAACAGUCUAAUUGGAUCAUUACCAAGGGAGAUUGGAAAUCUUACUAUGCUUCAUGGUCUAUAUCUUGGUGAAAACAUGCUUACAGGUGGACUAACAAACCUUGCUGGGACUAUGCCUUACUCCCUCUCAAAUUGUUCAAAACUAACUGUUCUAGACCUUUCUCUGAACAAACUCUCUGGCUCGAUUCCCAACUCUCUUGGACAUUUGACACUCCUAGAGACCCUAAACCUGAUGGAAAACAAUUUAAGCAGUGACCAAAAUCUAAAAGAUCUGAGUCUUUCCAUUAACCCUCGAAAUGGUAUGCUUCCAGCCUCAGUUGGGAACCUUUCAACUUCUCUUGAAAAGCUUUUAGCUUCUGAUUGCCAAAUUAAAGGUGGAAUUCAAAAUGAAAUUGGGAAUUUAAGCAACUUAAUCUUCUUGCAUCUAUACGGGAACAGCUUGACUAGACUAAUUCCAGUGACACUUGGCAGCUUAGGCAGGCUUCAGCAAUUGUCUUUGGCAAACAACAGACUAAAAGGAUCUAUUGGGGAUGGCCUAUGUAAAUUGCAGAACUUGGGUAACAUAAAUUUGGGUGAAAAUCAGUUCUCAGGAAUUGUUCCUGAAUGUUUCAGGAAUGUUAAUUCCCUUAGGGGGAUACAACUCAAUUCCAACAGAUUAAGUUCCAUUAUACCAUCAAGCUUAGGUAACCUCAAGGAUCUUCUGCAGCUCGACUUAUCGUCUAACAACAUGAGUGGUUCCUUACCUGCAGAAAUUGGAAAUCCAAAGGCUGCAAUUCGUAUAGAUCUUUCGAAGAAUCAAUUUUCAAAUGUUAUUCCUAGAGAAAUAGGAGACUUGCAAAAUCUAAUACACCUUUCUUUGACACAAAACAAGCUGCAAGGAUCUAUACCUGACUCAAUUGGUAGCAUACCAAGUUUGGAAUUUCUAGACCUCUCGAAUAACAAUCUAUCUGGAUCAAUUCCAAUGUCCUUGGAGAAUCUUCGGUAUCUCAACUAUUUCAAUGUUUCCAUUAACAGAUACCAUGGUGAAAUUCCCUCUAGUGGUCCUUUCAAGAACCUUUCUAGCUAG